AUGAACACAACACGUCAAUUUUCGAUCUCCAAGGAGACGAUCAAGGGCGCGACGAGCUGGAUGAACGGCUCAUAUGGACUCGAUGAGCCUGAGUUUGAUGUCAAUGUCAAACUCGCCGAUCUCCAAGAAGAUCCCAACAACCCAUUCUUUUCGGUCGACAUGCCAAUUAUCAUCACCGCCACUGCGAAGGAGACGAGCGAGAGCGUGACAAGCUGGAUUGACGGCUCAUAUGAUGAUCCCAAGCCCCUUAUCACACUUGCCGAUCUCCAGGAAGACCCAAACAAUCUGUUUCUGGUCAAUCAACAAGUACUGAGCCCAAGCUUCGGGGCAAGAGCCGGGCAGAUGACGAAGAUGACACGUCGAACACCAUUUCGCUGCUGCGAAGAAGGAGAUGGGCGAGAUCGCGACAAAAGCUGA